GCCCCUCCCCCAGCUCUGGAAUCCGCUUGGUCGGUGGCCUCCGCCCGCCCCGCGGGUUUUCCGCAGUUGCGGCUGGUGGGGUAGGCGGAACCCGGGUGGAGCCUGCGACUAUUUCAGGCUGUGCCCCGCCAGGGCCAGGGCUAAGGCGUCCUGUCCCGGACACAGCCUGAGCCAGGGUGAUGCUGAAGAUGGUUACUUUCUUCCAAGGGCUUCCUGGCCAACAGUUUGUGCUGGGGACCCUGGACUUUGCUGGAAGCCUCCAGAAGCCACAGUCUACAUCUGAGGUGGAAUCAGAGGCCUCCAUGUCAGAGACCUCCUCUGAGGACUUGAUACCAUCCCAGGAGGCUGGGAUGGCUCCUUAUGGGGAGGAGGAAGAGUCUUCCAAGAAGGAGAAGAAGAAGUCCAAAGGACUGGCCAACAUGUUCAGUGUCUUCACCAAAGGGAAGAAGAAGAAAAAGGAUCAGCCCAGAUUAUCAGAUCCUGAGGUCCAGCCCAAGGCCAGGCCCGAGCUGGAUGGUCCACCGCCCACAGUGGAGGAGCUCAAGGAGGCCCUGGAGAGUGGGCGGCUGGAGGCCGCGUGGUCGGUGCUGGCGUUGGAGCGGGAGCUGGAGGCUGCUGCAGCGGCGGGUGGCGCGAGCGACGAGGAGCUGGUGCGUCAGCAGAGCAAGGUGGAGGCGCUGUACUUGCUGCUGCGCGACCAGGUGCUUGGGGUGCUGCGGCGGCCGCUGGAGGCUGAGCCCGAACGCGUGAGCCAGGCGCUGGCCGUGGUGUCGCAGCAGGAGCUCGAGGACCGUCGGGCGGCCGGGGGACCCGUGGCAACGGUGCUGGUGGCCACGCGCCCUCGGCGCUGGCUGCAACUGUGGAGGGGCGGCGUGGCGGAGGUGGCGGCCCAGCGUCUGGACGCGCAGCCAGCCACGGUGCCCGAGGGUCGCUCAGAGGUCGAGAACAAGUUCGUGCACAUGGGCUGCACCAUGAGGGAGGACCUGGAGACGGUAGUGGAGCGGCUCAAACCGCUGUUUCCCGCCGAGUUCAACGUUGUGCACACCUACGCCGAGAGCUACCACCAGCACUUCGCAACCCACCUGUGCACCUUGGUGCAGUUCGAGCUGUGCGAGAGGGACACCUACUUGCUGCUGCUCUGGGUGCAUAACUUCUACCCCAAUGAGAUCCUGAACAGCCCCAAGUUGGCAAAGGAGCUGCAGGAUGUGAGGCUUGGGAGCCUCCUGCCCCCUAAGCAGAUCAGGUUGCUGGAGGCCAUGUUCCUGUCCAAUGAAGUGACCAAUGUGAAGGUGAUGAUGGCCCGAGCCUUAGAGCUAGAGUCUCAACGCUGGGCCCAGGAUGUGGCUCCCCAGAGCCUGGAUGGCCACUACCACAGCGAGCUGGCUAUUGACAUCAUCCAGAUCAUCUCACAAGGCCAAGGCAAGGCUGAGAACAUCACUUCUGAAGUGGGGGUACAGAUAAGGCAGUUGCUUCUGGUGGAGCUGGCUGCACUACUGAGGAGCUACCAGCGCACCUUUGAUGAAUUUCUCGAGAAAAGCAAGCUGCUGAGAAAUUACAGGGCCAACAUCAUCGCCAACAUCAACAACUGCCUGUCCUUCCGGACGUCCAUGGAGCAGAAAUGGCAGAUACCUCAAGAUUCCCUGAGGCACCUGUUGGAUCCCUUGAAGGAGCUUAAGGCUCAUGGCUUUGACGCCCUGCUCCAGAGCCUGUUUGCAGACUUGAAGCCGCUGUUCAAGAAGUUCACACAGAACCGCUGGGCAACGCCGGUCGAGACCCUGGAGGAAAUCAUCAGUGCUGUGGAUUUCAGGCUGCCUGAGUUCUCGGAACUGAAGCACUGUUUCCAGGAGGAGCUCAUGGAGGCUGUGCACCUACACCUGGUGAAGGAAUACAUCAUCCGGCUUAGCAAACGGCGUCUGGUCCUCAAGACUGAGGAGCAGCAGCAGCAGCUGGCAAGAAACAUCCUAGACAAUGCCGAUGUCAUUCAGCAUUUCUGCACUCAGAAUGGCUCCCCUGCAACCUGGCUGCACCAGGCCCUUCCUAAGCUCGCUGAGAUCAUUCGCCUACAAGAUUCCAGUGCCAUUAAGAUUGAGGUGGCCACGUAUGCCACCUUGUACCCUGACUUCAGCAAAGGCCACUUGAACGCCAUCCUGGCCAUCAAGGGAAAUCUACCGAGCAGUGAGAUCAGGAGCAUCCGGAAUAUACUGGACAUUAACACAGGGGUGCAGGAGCCGUGCAGACCCCUAUUUUCACUUAUAAAAGUUGGUUAGCUUUUCCAAAUGUCUGAUGUGCUGAUGAGCAUGCGGGGAACGCCAGUCACCUCCCCAGCUGGGGACGCUCGGUAGCAGCAGGACCACCAGUGACCCAUCACCAGCCUCCCACCUUCCGCUGCCACCGCCCAGCCGUGGAUCUGGAACAAGACCUGGCAGCCAGGAUUGGACAGACUGCUGUCCAAGGGGGCCCAGAACCUAUUGUGGGGACUUGACCUGUGAGUACACAGGACAUUUCUUGUAAAGGAUGGUUCUUCUUGGGCAGAGUGUCCCUGCCUUCCUACAUUAGUCUGUCUUCUAUUGCACUCCCCUUGGGUGGCUCUAAGUAGCCCCAUCCAGCUCCCCAGGACCAGGGAUGAAGCCUCUUCCUGCUCCCUUCAGUCCAUGGGCUGCCAUGAGACAGAGCCGAAAGCAAAGGGGAGAGAAGGAAAAGCUGACCCCUGACCUGGAAGGGGGCUUGAGAAAUGUCAUGGCAGAUCUAGCGUGAGAACCACUUGCAGAGCGGGCCCCUGCUCCUGCAAGUAGCUCCUGGCCCCGCUCAGCCACGAGGGCCAGCUUCUUCACGCCCCAUGGCUGCCUCUGUGCGUGUACGUUUGGGCAGUGGCCCAGAAGGCCUUGGUAGGCCCGGGGCCUCAUGGGUUCUCCCAGGUUGUGCCCCCCCCCCCCCACGUAGGAACAAGCACCUCUGUGGGCCGGCCCUCCAAAGUCUGGGUGGGAACACACGAGUCCAGCAAGUUCUUGAUUAGCUUCCUGUUGGUGCUGCAGCACAUCUCCACACAUCCAGUGAGUCUGAACCAGAACUUUCCUUACAGUUGGAAUCUAAGUGUGGUCAGGGCCUUGCUUCUGGAGGCCCCGGGGAAGAGUCAUUUCCUGGACUUUCCCAGUUGUUAGAGGCUACGCACACCUCUUGUCCGAGGCCCUUGUACGUUCAGAGCCAGGAACAGCUACUAUGUAUGUCCUUCCUGCCACUGCUGCUUCCAAUCCCUCUGUGGUGUAGAGCCCAGUGGUGGCACUGAACCCUCCUGGAGAUUUAUUAGCAGCCUUCCUUCCAGCUGCCGAUUUAAUCCCUGUCACCCAGUAGUCAUUGGCUCUGGGGGGACAAUGGGUCCCACACCUGGGAAACAUCAAGCACCUUUACUCUUCUCUGGCCGGUAAGCCCUUCUCGGCACUGGCCCAGCCUUCACCAGUCCUCCUGGUUCAAGGACGUGAAGCCCUUCCUCCAGAUUUAACCCCUCCAGGUACUUGCCUUACAAGACUGGCCAGGAACUGGCCACUGACUGUGAGCAAUGCACGAAGGCCUUCAUAUUUCUGUAGAUGUCAGCUUGUUUGAUGACAUUAAUAUUGUUGAUAUUAUUUUUAUAGUGUUGAUUUUGUAUGAGUGUACUCAGGAUAGAAUUUAGGGUGGUUAUAUGUUUAUAUAUAUAUAUAUAUAUAUAAAGCUUGAUGUAAAACUGA